UUGCAAAGAACUUAGUAUUAAUGAUGCGGAACAAUAACAUGUGAUGGGACUGUAACUGUAUUAAUAACAUAACUGGAUCUCGUUUCAGUGCGAGUUGGAAAACAGCAUUCUGCGUGUAUUGAUCAGAUAAUCAAAACAGAGUCCAUAAAGAAAGGAACCUUCACAGAGUUUUUACUGAAGUCAAAGGGACCAUAAUGCAAAGGCACUGAAGCACUUUCUCUUAUGAGCGUGGAACAGAGCAGAAACAUGGAUCAUUGUAAUCAACUUCGAUCGUCCUCCUCUAGCGAUGUCAACCUUGGUCCCUCAGACAACCCUCAUGCCAGGCCAACAGAUUUUGAUUUCCUAGCUGUGAUUGGAAAAGGAACCUUUGGGAAGGUGCUUCUUGCAAAAAGGAAAUGUGAUGGCACAUUCUAUGCUGUGAAAGUUUUGCAGAAAAAGAUCAUACUGAAGAAAAAAGAGCAAAAAAAUAUCAUGGCAGAGAGGAAUGUGUUGCUCAAGAGCUUGAAGCACCCCUUCCUGGUGGGGCUCCACUACUCUUUCCAGACCCCAGAGAAGCUCUACUUUGUCCUUGACUAUGUCAAUGGAGGAGAGUUGUUCUUCCACCUGCAAAGGGAGCGCUGUUUCCCAGAGCCACGUGCCCGCUUCUACACUGCUGAGGUCGCCAGUGCCAUUGGUUAUCUACACUCCCUUAACAUUGUUUACAGAGAUCUGAAACCUGAGAACAUCCUUUUAGAUUCAGUGGGCCACGUGGUGCUGACUGACUUCGGGCUAUGUAAGGAAGGGAUAGAGCCAGAAUCCACCACCUCAACUUUCUGUGGGACACCAGAGUACUUGGCUCCAGAGGUGCUGAAAAAGCAGCCAUAUGAUCGCACUGUAGACUGGUGGUGCUUGGGAGUCGUGCUCUAUGAGAUGCUGUAUGGACUGCCACCCUUCUACAGCCGGGAUGUGUCUGAGAUGUAUGACAGUAUCCUGCACAAACCCCUUAGCCUGCCCGGGGGCAAAAGCCCAGCAGCCUGUGAGCUGCUGAGGGGGCUGCUGCAGAAAGACCCCCACCGCCGCCUCGGAGCCAUUGCUGACUUUCUGGAGGUUAAAAACCAACCUUUUUUUUCUUCCAUAAACUGGGAUGACUUGUACCACAAAAGAAUCACCCCUCCAUAUAACCCCAAUGUGAAAGGCCCGGCGGACACACAGAACAUUGAUCCAGAGUUCACCAGGGAGGUGGUUUCCAGUUCUGUGGGAUGCACACCAGAGCUCACCUCCAGCCUUGCUGCCAGCAGCUCCAAUGCCUUCAUGGGCUUCUCCUAUGUCCAAAGCGAUGACAACUUCCUCUAGAAUCACCUAGCAGUCACAAGCCACUUGCUUCAGGUCCAUCCUUGUUCAUGGACAGACUGGACAGGAGGCCACACUGGCCCUGUUUCUCAAGAUGGAGUGAAAACAUCAUGGUGGUGGAUCUAGCUUUUCAACACUCUUCUACAUUUGCCAACUUGUAAAAAGCAAAUUGAGCAUCACAAUUUGUUUAAAUUUUCCCACUUCUCUCAUUAUGGUUUUGUUCAACAUGAGGUACAUCUUAUCCUAUGAAUGUUGGAAUAAUAACAACAAUAAUUAUGAAUUAUGAAUAUUUGAAUUCUGUGAAUAUUGUUUGAAAUAUAAGGGAUAUUGAAACAUGUAAGAAACAUUGAAACAGUGUAUGGAUAUUUUUGUUUAGCCUGAUGUCUAAGCAUUUAGCUGACAUGUUUCUCCUUAAUGAGAUACCACUGGUUUCCUAUUUUCACUGAAUGCUAUUUUCUGCUUUCCUCAGCACCUUAUGGCAUGAUAAGCCAGUGAAUGUUGUAAAGCUGCUACAUGCAGGAAAUGACCCCGGGAAAAUGGAAUGUUCUGUAUACCUAAUAGAUGCCUGUGAAUUAUGAGUAUGGGGUCAGAAAUUUAUGGCUUUGAAAAUGCAAGUGAGCCACACCUCAGAAAUGUAAAUGUACAAAGGUAUAGAGGGAGUUAAGAGGAAAUUGAGUGUGAGAAAGAUGUCCACAUCUCUGGAACAUUCCUGGUUAUAAGUAGCACUGACCUCUUUUUAACACCAGAGUGUAAACACUAUACAGUUGUGAAAGCUUGAUCAGUAUAUUACCAUUUCCUUUUAGCACUUACUGUACUGAUUGUAUGGAGGACUUACCUGGCAUCGAUCUGGUUAAAACUGCCUGGGUUGAUGAUCUUUUGUACAUAAAUUAGCUGAUUACUUUAAAAAAAUGAUUCAUGCAAGACUUUUAAGAUACUGAGUUAUAUUUUCUUUAACUAUGUGUUACAUGCACACAUAUGGUAAAAGCAAUUCCAAGAGUAUUGCAAGUGCAUGUGUUUGAGACUAUAAGCAUAUGUAAAGAAGAUUGUAAGGUAGCCACCACUCAUUGGGUUGUGUAUAUCAGUGCUCACAAUAGAACAUGCAUUAAUAGUUAAUCAUUGCAAAAAAUUAUUGACUUCCUCUUUAUAGCCAGUCUCCAAGGACACAACCAUGCAGGAGUGAAUUUCAGAAAGUUCAAGCUUAUGUAUGUAUGCUGGGCACAUGUAAAUAUGCAUCCUAGUAUGCAAUAUGUUUAAUGAAACCAUUCUGUAUUUUAACAAAGAAAAAAUAAAUAGUAAUCAUGCAGUUAUUGAGUUGAAGCUACUGCUAUGAACCCAGUCUUUUGUCUGAGACAAGA